AAACUCUCGCAGCAGCUGGUCGCUGCCGGAUCCAGUGACAACCCCAAAUCUACCAAAGGCACAGCCACCACAGCCACACCAGUCAUGUACAUGAAGGCUUCAGCUACCUUCCAGCAAUUCAAGCUAACACUUGUCACCAGACAGAUAGUGUUGUGUGAGAUUGCGUCCUCUGGAUUGGGUGCCCAUGUGCGUACGAGUGCGGAUGGGACUUUUGCGACGAUGACGGUAGACGAUUUGCUGGUGCAGGAUCUCAGUCAAGAAAGGGGCCUACUACAGAAG